AUGGAACACAUCACGGCUAUAGCUUGUCUACUGUUCAUCGCUUGUACGUUGGGUUUAACCCCAGCGGAACACCGCGAAGAUUUGGCUAAAAGAAAAUCAUCCCCUGGAAGUCUUUGGUUCGGGCCGAGAAUGGGCCGAAAUAAAAGAAAUCCCUUCAGAAGUGAGAUGUUAAAUAUUGGACCAAGUUGCGAAGAUUUGGAAGAUUACAUCAAAGCAAUUCCUUGGGAUUUGGUUCGAAGUUGCAUAAUCAACGAAGGAAAACGAGAUGGUAGAAACAAUAAUAAAUCAAACAUGUACAUUCCAAGACUUGGAAGAGAAUCCGGAGAAGAAUUCGUGAACGCUCCUGGUAUGGAUAAAUUUUACGACGGGGGAGCUGAAUUGAUAAGAGAAGUUUUAGCACCAAAUUCACCACCAUUUUCACCCAGAUUGGGAUGA